UCAGCCACAAACGAAAGAAAUUUACCGUUGCUCCUUUUGCCAUCCAUUGCCAGUUUCUUCAGUAUUUGUUCGUUGCGCGUCGAGUGCUAAACUAGGCAGCUGACCGUGCCAGUGUGCAGUGCCGCCGCCAAUUCCCGUAUUAAUUAAAUCACAUUUAAUUGAAAACAACUCACACACAUACACUGCGAAUCGCAUCAGGUGGAGAAAGACAACAAUUGCGUCUAAAUCCACACCCCCCCACCAUCUUCGCCGCUCCUUUGCGUGAGUGUGUCUCAAGUGUUGCCAGAUUUUAAGGGCAAGCGGCAUAAUAGCCACAAUUACACGCGUUCGCUACAAAUUUGCCAAACAAAAAGUGGGUCUUCCUUGGCCAGCAUAAAAAAUAAAAUAAACGGGUAUACAUUUCGUUGCGGUUGCCGCUGCCCCUAUGCCUCUAUUGUGUUGCUCCAUGUAUCAUCGUGUUCAACCACACACACGCGCAUACACACGCUCGCACACACACAGCUAUAUAUAUAGAGGAGCAUUGUGUUUAUUCUAGAGUGGCCGUUGCGCCAUUCAAAAACAUGUAAAUUAUGUAAAAACGCGUUUGGAAUUUUGUCAACGCAACGCACGCAUCUAAAUCAGCAGCAUUAGCGGCAGCAACAACUACAACAACAAGGACAACUACAACAACAAGGACAACAGCGUAUAAGCUUUAACCUGUGUCUGAUCCUGAUUGCAUUGGUUUCACUGUGCUACAGCUCUUUUUAGCUAAUCAACACUUGUUUGGACGCACUGAAUCCAGCUUAAAGAGAGCGAGCAAGUUUAGUGAAGCGAGCAAGAGAGCAUCCCCCACAAAAAAAAAAAAAAACCAAAUUCGAUAAGGAACUGUCGCAGUCGAGUGCAACGGAAAAUUUGCCUUUUGUCCCAGCAAAAUAGCCAAAGUGCCGAGUAAUAUGUAAUGGAGCCCCCUUUCGCCAGCGACGGCAACAUGAUGUGAAACAUGGCAAUCGAAUCAGCCAAAGCCAUUUAGAGUCAUCAAUUGGCGAGGUCGCGACCGGCACUGGAACAGGUCCAGGCAAAGGGACAGGAACAGGGUCAGGCGUGGGGCUGAACGCAGUGGGACAAAUGCACAGCAUGGCGGCAAAAUGGAGAAGCAAAAGCAGCAGCAGGAGCAGGAGCAACAGGGGGAGCAGCAUAGGGAGCUGGAGCAGCAUCCGGCUGCCAGCCUGGCAGCAGCUGCUUUGGGCCUUGUGCCUCACCUGCCUCGUCGGGUGGGUGUGGGCGGACGAUUGGUCGCAGAGCUGCGCCUCCAACUGUACCUGCAAGUGGACCAAUGGCAAAAAGUCGGCCAUAUGCAGCUCAUUACAGCUGACGAGCAUACCGACCACGCUGAGCACCGAACUGCAGGUGCUGGUGCUCAAUGAUAAUCAUAUACCAUAUCUGAAUCGGGAGGAGUUCUCCGCAUUGGGCCUGCUCAAUUUGCAGCGCAUAUAUCUAAAGAAAUCCGAGGUCCAAUAUGUACACAAGGAAAGUUUUCGCAAUCUGAAAAUACUCGUGGAAAUAGAUCUGUCCGACAACAAGCUGGAGAUGCUGGACAAGGACACGUUUAUGGGCAAUGAUCGGCUGCGCAUCUUGUAUCUGAAUGGUAAUCCUCUGAAGCGUUUGUCCGCCUAUCAAUUUCCCAUAUUGCCGCAUUUGCGCACACUGGACAUGCAUGACUGCCUGAUAUCCUAUAUAGAUCCCAUGUCGUUGGCCAACUUGAAUUUGCUGGAAUUUCUAAAUCUCAAGAACAAUCUGCUGGAGAGCCUCAGUGAGUAUGUGUUCCAGCACAUGGGCAAUCUGAAGACGCUCUCCCUGGAGGAGAAUCCCUGGCAGUGCAAUUGCAAGCUGCGCAAAUUUCGCAGCUGGUAUGUGAGCAGCCGACUCAGCUCGGUGAGCCUGGUGUGCAAAGGACCGCCAGCGCAAAAGGAUCGCACCUGGGAUAGUGUGGAUGAAGAGCUGUUUGGCUGCCCGCCGCGCGUUGAGAUCUUCAACAAUGAGGAGGCCACCAACAUUGACAUUGGCAGCAAUACGACCUUCAGCUGCCUGGUCUAUGGCGAUCCGCUGCCGGAGGUCAGCUGGGAACUGAAUGGCAAAAUUCUGGACAAUGAUAAUGUGCUCUUCGACACGGAGAGCAUUGCCUCCGACAAGCUGUGGAGCAAUCUGACCGUGUUCAACGUGAGCAGCCUGGAUGCCGGCACAUAUGCCUGCACGGGCAGCAAUCUGAUCGGCUCCAUGACCCAAAACAUAAGCAUCUAUCUGAGCGAGAUAGUGCAGCAUGUGCUGGUUAAGACGCCGGAGACAUUCUGGUAUUUUGGCCUGAUCAUGGGCAUCUUUGGCACCGUUUUUCUGCUCAUCGCCAUCUCGUUUGUGGUGUGUCUGUGCAAGCGGACCACGCGCCAGCAUCGGCACGCCAAUAAGGCGGGCGUCAAGACCAGCGUCAGCUUCAAUGAUCAGGAGAAGAAACUGUUGGAUUCGAGUGUGACAACAACAACCAAUGAUCGCGGCGAUAGCUAUGGCAUUGACAACAAUCCCAGUUCCAUCAACAAAACCGACUCCACCCUCGGCUUCAAUCAGAUCGAGAUUCAUGCCGUCGACCAUCAUCGCACGGGCUUGUCCUUGGCCCAGCAGCAGCAGCAGCAGCAACAGCAGCAGCAGCAGCAUCAGCAGCAGGCGGCGGCCGUUGCCAGCCAGGCUCAGGCUGCACAGCAUAUGCGACAGCAGCUGAUGACCGUCAAGGAUCCCACCUGUGGCCUGAUCAGUGUGCCCACCUCGAUGGCCAGCUAUCAGCAUCAGCAUCAGCAUCAGCUGCAGCAUUCGACGCACUCGCACGCCCAUUCGCAUGGCCAUGGCCAGCUGUCGGAGGAGUUUCCGCUGAAUGUGGGCGUCUUUCCACCACCGCCGGAGUUCUGCUCCAACAUUGUGCCGAAUCCCACCUUUGGCAACAUAUUCAUACGCGUCUCUGUUACACAGGAUAUGCUGGAUGGCGCCGACAUCAACAUGUAUCCGGAUCUGCUGAACAUACCCAAACGGCUGCAGGAUGUCCAGUGCUCAGCCGAUGCCAACGCUGCGGGCACAACCAGCGAUGGCCAAACGGCUGUGUCACAGUUUGCCACGCUGCCGCGUCACACCACACGCCGUGGCAUACUCAAAAAGGAUCCCUCGCUGCAGGCAGCAGCAGCAGCAGCUGCGUCAACGGCGGCAGCGGCCACGAAUCUUUAUCCACAUGACGAGAUUGUUACGUACAAUCUGGAAACGGGCGCCUAUCAUUGUAGCGGCAACAACAGUGACAUGGAGCUGCCGCUGCCGCCGCCACCACCGCCGCCCGCUGUUACCGCAGUGGUGCAGUGCCAUCAUCCGACGACAGCGGCGCCGCCCAUGUCCGCGUCCAAUUGCGCCACCUGCAUCAAUAAUGCGCCCACGUCCGCCUGCAGCACGCCGCCCAUUGGCGUGGAGGCGACGCCGUUGCGUGACAGCUCCGCCUAUCCCAAAUACGAUAAUAUGGGACGUCGCAUCACCGCCAGCGGCGGGCUGGGCAAUUCGACGCUGUCGCUGCCGGACGAGAAUGAGACUCUGUUCAGCGAAUCCGCGGCAGAGUCGAACAUGACGGAGGCGGAGAACACUGGCGGGCAGGAUCAUCAUCAUCAUCAUCAGCUGCAGACGACGGAGCCAGCGCCGGGCAUGGAUAAGGGUAAUGCUGGCGGUGGCGAGUUUGUCUCCCUCUAGUAUUAUGGUACGCAGGUGUAAAGCGCGUCACCUGUCGGCCAAUAGAUUGUGCUGCCAGCGCGCUAGCGCCAUCUGUCGGUCAAUAGAUUGUGCUGCCCAAAACAAUCAGUUCACAGAGUCAAAAAUAAAUCCACUGUGGCAAUCGUUUUGUUCAUAUCAGCGAAUUCUUCUCAAGUAAUUUUUAUAAUACCAAGCAUUCAGUAUAACAAAUAUUAAUUAAAUAUAAAACCAAUCUAUUGACUGUCGCAGACUUUAUGUAGCUGUAUGUACAAGAAGAAGAAUGCGCGAUCCAAGAGCAAUUUAUGUAGAAUCAAAAUUACAAACACAAAAAACAACCGUGAGAAUAUGAGAAUGUUAUGUUAACAGCGUGCAGAAAUAAUAAUGAUUUUAUUUAACACACGUAAGUAAAACACGUAGUUUAACUAGACGCAUUAACACAUAGAAAUAUAUAUAUAUAUAUAUGUAUAUAUAUAAUCCAUUUCUAAAUUUAAAACGUAUUCCACUGGUCAACAUUCAUGUUUGCUUACACGAUGAAUGAAAAUUUGACAUUCGACCCAAUACCAAUUAUUCCAAAAGCCAAUCCGAUUGCCAUUCACUGGAAAAUAUAACAGUUCAUUUGGGUAUACCAUUGCUACCGGUGAAUGGCAAAUGUUUGAUACUGAUUCAUUUUGAAAUGUUGCUAGUGGAAUGUGUCAUUAAUAUUCCAUACUUUGUCUAAUUUGGUAAAUGUUUAAAUGCAUAGCGUAAAAACAAAAACAAUUCUAGACCAAAAAUACUUCGCAUAAGGUGUAUAAAACGUAACAGUACAUAUACAUAUAUGUAACUGUAAAUAUAUGUGUAUGCAUAAGGAAAAUAUGGACAUAGUCGUAAUACCGAGCUGCAUAGGCUUGAAGAAUAUUUGAUUUUCAACUUCGUUUUCUUAGUGUUAGAAAAUUUACUGCUCAUUGUAUAAUCCACUGUAGCCACAUUGAUAUAUGCAUAUAGACCUUAGAGUUCCCAAGUAUUAUACCUGAAACUUAAAAGUAACUAUUUUCUAAAUAAACGUAUAUAUGCAAACCUUUUAGCCAUGCCAUAGGGUAUAUUUUUAGUUUUCCAAUAGAAAUUAUUGUGUAAAUAGAUGGAUUUUAGAAUUUUUUAAAUCAAAACAUUGUUUUUAAAGCCCAGCUCAAUAUCAAAAGCUAAAGGAUGCCAAACAUAAUUUUAAAGCUCUGUUUUAAAUGUUAAACAUAAUUGUUAUGCCCGCGGGUUGCUUUUAACAGUUCAUAAUCAGCACACUUAGAUAUAUACACCUAGGUUCUAGUUCUUCCAAAGACAAACAUAAAUAUCCCAGCCAAAACCAUUGAGUACCUAUCUAGAAAAUCUUGUUAAGUUUUUUUGCCUCAACUGCUCAAAUUUUUCUUAAACUGUUUGCAUUACGAAUUUAUUUUACUGAUUUUUACGCACUCGUAACACAAAUUCAUUGUAUAUAGAUGGAUGUAAAAAAAAAAGAACCCAAACUAGUUGAAAACUAAAAUUUUACUUAUUAUAUUGAAAUAUGCAUGGGUGUAAAAACAAUGUGUGAGUAAAUCGUAUUAUAAAUAGUAUAUAUAUAUAUAUAUAUGUAUGUAUAUCAUGUAUAAUCGCAUACAGUAGGAGUAUGUAUAUGUGUAGCCCAACAAUUGCAGCAGAAUAAUUUUUGUGUAGAAUGUUUACAACUCGAGCUUGAUAAUGUAAAUGUAAAUUAUAAACUUAAACUAAAUUUAAGUGCAUAAAAUACAUUUUAAGAGACAGCUAAAUCCAACAUAUAUAGUUGAUGUACUCACAGUUGGCUGCCAAGCUGUAUAAAGUUCACGUGGACAGUUUUUUACUUGAGUCUUCAAUCUCUGCUCAGCUUCUUGGCAAGCCAGACCCUAGUUACUUAACGGUAGACCUUCAAAGCAAGUGUUGGAAAAUGUGCAAAUGAAAGAAGAGCCGGAUUUCAGAUUACGAUUCGAAUGAAAACAAGAAUAAGCUGAACAUUUUAGGCGCUUCUCGCAAAAUGUCUAUCAGAGUCUUUAUACCGAUUUGUAGGCAACUGUGAGUAUACCACUUUUCGAUAUAUAUAUGUAUGUAUGUAGUACUAUAUAUAUGUAUGUAUUAGCAGCUGUUGUUUAAAUAAUGCAAGGCCAAUUGUCGUAUACAGGCGGAUUUACGUACUCCAAAAAAUCUUGCAUAACUAACAAUAUAGAAAUACAUUUAAAUAUAAAUAAAUAAAUGACAAAAAAUGUGUAAAAAUUGUUUACAAAAAUAUGAGUACGCGGCGAUUACACAAUACUAUGCAAGCAAAUAUUUACACAACUCCACAAUACACGCCCCCUUUUUGGUAUUUUGUGGGCGAGCGCUCAAAGGGAUUUUUGUAUUUUGAUAAACAAACAAAAAAACAUACAAAACUAUUUCAAUUGCACGUAACAUAAAGAAAAAUUCAACAAAUUAAUAAUAAUAAAUCAAUAGAGAUAAAUGUCAGUAAAUAGCAAAUUUUUUCCUUCAGAUCUCAUAGUUCUCCAAAAGUUAUAACAUACUAUAUAUGCGUAUAUACAUAUAUUUAAUGCCUAGCUGCUGCACGGAUAGAGUAUAAGCUCAGUGUAUAGAUGAAAAAUUCUUUUCAAUUCAGUUACAAAUUUAAUUUCAAUGCAUUUAACCAUUUCUACAUAUAUACAGUUAUAUAGUUUUUGCUUAAAUUGUUGUGGCUCUAUAAGGCAUGGAACUGAUAUUAGCUUUUGUUUUACAACACUCAUAUUUAUUUACCUCUUCAAUUUAUAUACUGCAAAAAAAAAGAAAAAAAGAACAAUGUACAUAUAAACAUAAAAAAAUAUAUAUAUAUAUAUAUCUCUCAUGAAAUGUAACAAAAAAAUAACCGAGCUGAAAGAAGAAAAAAACUAGCCAGGUACUACCUUUUGAAAUCGUUUUAACUAAUUAAAAAGUGUUGGUAACCGCCAGAAUGCAAACAGCACAUGUAAACAGAACUAAACUCUGGAAGGACAACAUUCAAACUAUGCUUUUAAAUGCACACACACACAUUUGCAUUGGGAAUGUUGCAAAUAUAAUUUUAAUUACACUGCUUAGUACACUCCGCAUGCGUCUAUAUAUACCGAAUACCCUUUAUUUAGUCAAGUGGAAUCAACUCGCCGCACAAUGCGUGCGAGCACAUUGAAGGCCAAUGAGCUGCACACUAGAGAUGAGCGCGUGGUGUGCGCGUGAUUCGUACACGAUCCGAGCACUAAAAAUAGCAAAGAAAGGCGCAAGCAAAGGUUAAAAAUAUCGAUACUCUGUAUAGCACACAUUUAAUUGCUUUUAUUAUUUAUUUUUGUAUUUUAAAUUAAGCAAUUAGUUCUAUAAUAAUUUGUAAUUUUUAGAACUAUAAACGUAAAAUGUUCUUAAUUAUUUAGAUUUAUUACUAUUAUUUCAGGAAAAAAUGUUCUUUUAAUCUGAAUAUUUUUUGUUAAUUCACAAUUCAUUUAAAUUUGAUUUAUUUCAUUUCAAAAACAAUCAAAAAUAAAUUUACCAAAUUUAAAGUAUUUAGGAAUAAAAGGGUAUUGAUAAUUUUUCUACUUGAUUAGAUAACAAAAUCCUUAGUCAUUUUUCUGAGUGUAACGACACGCUCUCAACUCUAGUGCACACAGAACCUCACGUUUAAUAGACGCAUGCAAUUACAGAGGCAACUGCUAACAUGCCACAUGCAAAGCGUGUAAAAAAAGGAACUCAACUAUAUUUGACUUACAUCAGCAUGCAGAAAAUAAAUAAAUUCAAAUGCAGAAUCCGUAGUACAACUUUUUUACCUUUACAAAUGUCGCUCGAUAUUCCGGAUCGCCUGCUGCGUACGUAAAUUACGUAACAAAAUAACAAUUGCGCAAAAAUUGCAAAAAUAAAUACAUUUUUUGUAUUUUGUUCAUUUUAAGCAAAAGGCAAUCCAUACAUGCAGAAUAUUUGUAUUUUCUUUCACAUUAACCUAAACGAAAAUAAAAAAUAAAAUCAAAAAGAAUAUUCACCCUGUCACACACACACAUAGAGAGAAAAACAUGACAAAAUAUUGCCAAAAAUAAAUAAUAAAUAUAUAUAUAAAUAUAUAUGUACAUGUAAAACUCAAAUACAUGAAGAUAGCAUUAUUCUUUGGUAUAGAUUGUCAAGCUUUACUACACACUAUAUUAACAUAGAUGAAAUAAAUAUAAAAAUAAUGAAC